AGUUGAGGCAGUUUGAUGUGCAUAAGCUCUCUCCCUUCGACCCUCACUUCCCUCUCUCGGCGGCUCAGCGCGACCCUCACCUACGGCAUGAAACGCGUCUCCUUCGUUCGCCGGAAAUAAGAAAUCCACAGUUCAUUCCUCCCUCGCCAACCCAGAAGCCUGGCCGCCGGAAAAGCCCACCUCCCUUUCCCCUCUUCCUCGCUGAAGUUUCUGUCAACCAAACUAGCCGUUUAUGAAUGGUAUAGAGCAAAGCUGAGAAAUUCUCAAUGAUGGAAACCUUAGAUUCAACAACAUCCUCUUCUUCUCGAACCAGCGAUUCCAAACCCCAGAGCUCGAACUCGACUUUAUCUCCAUUGCCACCGACGGUGGCCAGACUAUGGAGGCCUGCUGCGCAGCGAAAUCUCAGGAACCAGUGGUCCAAGUUAGCGUCUUAUAGGAACCAAUGGUCCUCUGUUUCUUCUAUCGGAAGAUCUCGCGCAACUGCUCUUGUCAACUCUCAUCUCUCCCAAAGGUACAUGCCUAACAUGGACUUAGGUGUUUUGAGCGAUAUGCCUGAUAUAAGAAACAGAGCUUGUUUCAAACUAUCAAAGCAGCAGGAACUUUUAAGGAGCCAACUAUUGUCUACGUAUAAGGACAUGGUGGGUGUAGUUAGUGACAUUUUCAAUACUACCAGAUCAAUGAGAUGUUUCUUUAAAGGAUCAAAUAAUAGUCCACUACUACAGUUUUCUAGUUUUUCUGAAGAUAAGAGUGAGUCUGGAGAUGGUGGUGGCAUCCCUGUAUUCUCAUUUUUAUCGAUUGCUUCUCAUGAAAAAUUGGCUGAGGAGCUGGUUCAAAUGUUUAAAUGGGAGCUGUGUUUGAAGCGAUUGCUUGUUCUUGAGUUCUUGUCCCUUGGUUAUGACAUCUCACAAGGCAACCAGCUAGUUUGGUCAAAUGAGCUUUAUGUUGGUGAAUUCGAUCACUUGCAGAACUGCAAUCUUUACUGUGAGGAAACCUGCAGACCGGUUCCUCCAAGACUGAGGGAUGGGAAAUCUGAUAUGGAAGCUCUCAAAUUUGACAACCAGCCUAUGCCUGAGGUUUUACAGGUUUAUUUAACAGCGUGGCUUGCAGAAGUGAACAUAGACACUAACAGGGUGGACGAGAUAUUUGCUGUUGUUGGGGAGGAAAUGCAUGUUAGAAUAUUUUGAACUUUCAUUGAUUACGACUGAACUGAAAAGUCUUCAAUACUGCCAUUAGAAGGUGUCAAACAGGACAGUUUGCUGUCCACAGACUGGUAAAAAAAUUUGUUUCACAAAGAGCUGGUGACUCAGAAUGUGGAACUGUCUUUGUAACAAGUGGCCAGAGAAAUAUUGGUUUCUCAGUGCAAUACUAGAGAAAUCCAAUACAAGAAAACAAGCUAUCUGGGUCUCAAGACAUGAACAUGAUGCCAAUGAAAGCUUAUUUUUUGGAAGGUUAAAAGCUCUCACAUUGUGAUUCUUUUAAUUCAUUUUUAUUAGAACAUUUGGUGAAGAACUCUUGAAAAUGAUGUUUUAUUAUUGGCCCAAAAGAAAGAAUUAUAUCUUGUCAAUAUAUCCAGUGAAGCUGGAGAACAAGUUGCAGAAAUUGAGAAAUACUGUUUAGUUUGAUAUUUUGGUAAAU